CGUCCUUCAUCUUUUUUUUUCUUUCUUUUCCUUUUAAACCUCCAUUUUGCAUCCUUUUCUCUUUUUUGUUUCUUUUACUCCUUGCCUUCUCUACACCCAAAUCUCUUCCACGACUCUCACUUUCUUCCCUGCACUUUCUUUUCCUUUGAUGCUUCGCAAUACCAUGACCGACAACCUCCUGAACCUUUUCUGUCUUGUUGAUGGAGAGGGCACACCCAAUGCGUUUUCUGUCAAGAUUGCCUCAACGGACACUGUUGAUGACCUCAAGAAACUCAUCAAGGCCGAGAAGACCAACAACUUCAGUGAUGUCGAUGCAGACCAGCUUACCCUUUGGCGUGUCUCGAUCCCAGACGACGACGACGACGACGACGAGGACUUGCCCGUUCUUCUCGACAAUACACCUGCCAAAGACAAAAAGAAGCUCAAAGCAACACGUGAACUUUCUGACGUCUUCAACGAGAACCCAGCCAAGAGAACGAUUCACAUCAUCGUCCAGCGACCUCCUCCAGUCCAUGCACCUAUCCCUGCUCGAGCCUCCACUCCACUCCCUGGAUAUCUUUCGGAUGGUUCUCGUCCUGGCACUCCUCUGUCUGGCGAUCUCCAUGCUGACAUCAAACGGAUCACGGACAAGUUCUUUGCUCCUGGACCAAUUGUCGCCUUUCUCGACGCGUUUGUGAAGGGCGAAGGGGCUCUACCUAUUACUUCAGGACCCAUUCGUGGUUUACCAAGAGCGUGGCGUCGUGGGUUCGGAAAAGCACCUGAAUCUCGACCGAGUCUGCUGUUUAUGGACCUCCCCAACCCAUCCACGCCUGACUUGACAUCAAGGAAUCAUGCGGCUGGAUCUAUUCUGGACAUGAUGAAAGAGAAUAAUCGACCGCAAAUACCCGUUUUCGGGGUCUCCGGCUGUGGCAAAACCCGCGCUGUGAUCGAGCUCCUAUCUCAGCACUGGGGGUUCUACUUCAAUGCCUCUAGCGACGACUGGGGCUCCAGCGACAUGAUCACGCUUCACUCUACCGUCCAAAAAUACUUGAAAGAUACCCGAGGAUCUUUUAUUGUCGACCGACAAGUCAAUAACGCCUUUGCAAGGAAGGCAACAUUACUGCUCUUCCUCUCCCGACUCCUCAUUUUCAAGCACUGUUUGAAAGUCGCUGACAGCAGUGAGACAUUUACAAGCGCAAGGUGGACUCUCCUGCAAGUGUGCCCGCAUGUUUUUUUCAAGGACAUCUUCAACAGCCUCUUUCGCCAACUUCUCAACCUUCGACAUCACCGUGAGAUCGAUCUUUCCGAUUUGGUCCGCAACCAGUUUGAAGACACGAAACACUACAUUAUCAAACACGGAGGUCUACCAAAGAUAAAGGAGGACACUAGGCUCCUCGUGGUCCACGACGAAGCUCAGUUUCUUGGCGACGAAUUCAACGGGGACUUCCAGUCGAUGUCUUCUUCAGACGAAUCCCCGCGACCCCUCUUGUCUCCAAUUUUACACGCUUUUCGGGACGUUGGUGAUGAUCAGCUUACAUUGGUUACCUGUGGCACAGGCUUGUCAAUAAAUACCCUUUUCUGGGUUCAGAGCUCAGGUUCUGGUCUGAAGGACAGCUCGACUACCUUUGAGUAUCUUGAAUUCCCAGGUUGGUCAGACAAGGAGUCGAUCAAUACGUACAUUUCCCGAGUGCGGGAUUGUUUGCACGACGAGCAGUCAAAGCUGGCUUUGGACGAAUAUCUCUCGCAGGAGGCAGUCGAGAUGCUGUUCCAAAAAUUUGCGGGCCGCUAUCGUCCGGCCAUAGCUGCAAUGGAAAGGGUUGUCGAAUACAGCGACCCUGGUGCAUGGAAGAAGACUAUCGAGGAUGCAGAGGACAGGCUGGUAUCUUGGGCGCAUCGGCACAUCAAAGGCAAUUUGUGCUACGAGAUAUCUCGCCUCCACGACAAACACAACAAAUACAAGGAUCAGCUUGUGGAGUCUAUCGACAGCAUGCUGGGCCUCCUUAUGUAUCAGCGUUGCAUGUUUGGGAAUCACGACCUUGUCCUCAAGGAGGUAGAUCCUCAAUUGGUGGAGCAUGCGUUCGGUCGGAUCAAGAUCAUCCGCGGCAGAGCUGUUACCGUGAUGAACGAGCCCUUCGUUUCCAAAGCUGUCGAGAACUAUUUCGCCGCUAUCGAUCCCUACUUCGCAAGGGAAAUGCGGAAACGUAUGGUAAAGUCGACGGCUAUUGAACAGGGAUGUGUGUUUGAGCGGUUCAUGAUGAAGGUUUUCAGUGAGACGUUCAACACACGACCUCUAUCGGAGUGGCCGCAUCAGCCCCCCAUCUCUGAUAUGUGUCCAGCUCUCGUCGGCAAGGUGGAAGUUGUUGGCUGGAGGGAACCUGGACUCGAGCAGGGCACGACUCACGGGAUGAUGUCGAUGGAGGAGUUCAUGGACGCUCAUGUCAACCAUGGAUCAACCCGUAACAACAUGCCUGUCGCGCCAUUUUUCUUCCCCAAAUCCAAGCCGUCGGGACCAGACUUGGUUUUCUUCAUUCGGAUCGACAAGAAAAGGAUUGUACCAGUUUUUGUCCAGAUGAAGCUGCAUCAAGGGUCGUCUAACUUCUCGGAGAGGGAUUGGAAUGAUGCACUCAGCACAGUCUCAGCAGCCAAGAUUGAGGGCCACGCAAAGAAUUUUCGCAAGUACUGUCCCGACAACGUCUACAUCAGUAUGAUUGUUGCAUACCCUACCAAAUGGACUGACAAGCUGCCAGCACCUUCAGAACUCCCAAAGGACCCCAGUGGUGUUCAGCAGGUCGUGAUCAACAUCAGCGAUGACAAUUUCGGCGACAUUUUCCCCCAGGAGCAUGUAGAGUUUAUUAAUCGACUCAAGAAUGCUCGAAAGCGCUCUGUUGACGACGAUGACAGCGGCGAUGAGGACUGCUCCAAAAAGCAGAGGAGCUAAUCUUUUAUUGCAGCUUCCUCUGCCCACUUGACACUCAAUAAAAUGCACUUUUAUAUUCUUAUUGAUG